AUGGCGCCGAAAGUUGGAGAUUAUUUGAAGCGCUUAGGCUUGCGAGGCGCUGAAAUCCGAAAAGGCGAAGGAUGGAGAACUCAAGAAAUCAAGGAUCUGGAAGCAGACAUCAGAGCCUUUUAUCAAAAGUAUGAGCCAUACUUGAAAAGAGGUGAGGACUACCCUGUUGAAUUCGAUACCGACAUCGAUACCGUUCUCGCGAAACACGGCCCCAUCUUAUGGCCCGAUGGUCCGCGCGACGAGACAACCACAAAGUGGCUGUGGGCAGCGGGAGAGAUUGACGAAUAUCCUGAAGACCUCUUCUAUUCUCGUCAUAUCCACAAGAUCCAACCAGUCUUGCGAGCACUGCUCAUCUUCAGAGUGUCGAUAUAUCGCAGCAACCAAAGACACGCUGAAAACAGAAGGCGCGAGGCGGCAGCUGCUGCUGCAGCCGGCGUCACCUCAGGAAGCCCGCCUCCCCCGGGCGAUGAUUUGACCGACUUCGACAACUCGACCGUCGCGCCUUCUCUGGUUCACACGAUCAAAGUCGAAAGCGAUGAAGGUAAAGCUAGACUGCAGGACAUUCUCAAGAACGAAGAAUUCAAUCUGCGAAAGAGAAAAGAGCAGACCAACUCGCCACUGGGCUCGAUCAAGCGACUGAAGCAAGCCAAGUCAACACCUAUCAAGGAUCGCUACGUUCAUCACAUGCCUACCUGGACCACGACCAACCGUGAAACCAUACAUGUUGCCAACCCGCAGCAUCUGGAGAGUGGACAUAAUUUGCUUUUCGCAGCAGCAUCGGGUCCCGCGAAUGGCUUCGUACCUGUCAACCACACUCAGCAAAACGAGCAGCCAAUGCAAGCCCAUCAACAACAAGCUUUGGAAAGCGACGAUGAUGGAUCUGUAAUUGGCAGAGCUGCCUUCAGCUUGCAUUCGAGUGAAGCUAGUUCCCCAACCAACGCAGAGAACCUCCCUCUACCUGAUACCCCUGGAGAAGGCGCCCUGCCCUCGCAGUAUUCGCUGCCUCAAGACACCACUUCGAGAGCGGAAGAAGGCGCGAUCACGACGGGACCAAAUGCUCAGAAAGUCCCGCAUUGUCCUGCAGGCAUGCCUUUGGAAGAAUCAGCACCGCAGACAUCUCGUGAAUCGAUCCCUUGGUCGCAAGUAAAGAAGCGACGAGCCAAGAGGUCAAAGAUUGCCCUCCGACCAAUGCUGGACAACGAAGACACAAACAACACGCCCGAACUCUCAGCUCGUGGUAGCCAUGCCAUGGACGGUCUGUCUAAGCGACUUUCGAUCGCUGACUCAGAGUCGCCCAUGCCUACUGAUGAAAAUGCUAGCACAGAGAGCCGAAGACUUGUGAGAAGAACUCAUGUUCAUACUCCUGCAUCUGAACCAUCUAAGCACGUGGCGACUACUGCCUCGGUGGGCGCCAGUCCAAGCGUCCAGCUACCGAACACUCAGCAAGAGAAGCCUCUCACACCGCUCCUGACUCAGCCGCGCACAUACCAAACACCUUACGCAGACGUGCAGCCUCUCGAGCCUACUCAACAGCCUGCUGCGACGCCAAACAGCCUUGCUACGCCCAGUCUGCACCCGGCGCCAGUCGACUCGCCUUUCACAAACCUCGCUCCAGCCACCAUCAACCAACAAUCGUCCACCGGCGAUACGCCCCUCUCGGCGAAGCUCAUCACCAGGCACUUUGGAAGAACAUUCGUUAAAUUCAACCUGACUGUCAACAAUCGCUCGUCUCUCAAGAUGAUCAAGCUCACCGAUUGUCUCGAUGCCGUCAUCCUCCACGAGACUAUCAACAAUCGUUUCAAGCAUACGCUUGCCGGUCUGGUCCCUUCGGAGAUCAUCUUCACUUCCAAUGAUACCGACUAUGAUAUUGGUGCUGACGAGGGCGGACAAAUCUUGUGGGAAGAGUUUCUGCAGACUCUCGUCGACACUGCUCCUCAAGGUACCUGCCCUAUCGUCGCCGAAGUCAGAAUCUGA